AUGUCUGUCAUGGCUUCGCACGCAUUCAUAUUGCGGCAGGCUUCGCGCCUGGCUGCCCGGCCCUCGACGCCGGUCGUUUCCGCAGCUCUGCGGACGAUGCGACCGACGACGACAAGAUCCAUGGUGACAGUCCCGAUACGGCGACCGACGAGGCGGACGUACGUGACAGAGAGCCGACGGGACCAUGCGCAGGUGUCGGAGGCGACCAAGGUGGACGGCACCCUGGGGCUGGCGUCUGUUCCUGGUGUUUCUGACGUGCUUCGACAGGCUACGCUCCUGGACGAGGGCCAGCGUCCCAUCUACCUGGACAUGCAGGCAACGACGCCGGUGGACCCGCGGGUGCUGGACGCCAUGCUGCCGUACUACGUGGGCUCGUACGGCAACCCGCACUCGCGCACGCACGCGUACGGCUGGGAGAGCGAGAAGGCGGUGGAGGAAGCGCGCGAGCACGUGGCGGCGCUGAUCGGCGCGGACGCGAAGGAGAUCGUCUUCACGAGCGGGGCGACAGAGAGCAACAACAUGAGCAUCAAGGGUGUCGCCCGGUUCUUUGGACGGGCUGGCAAGAAGCGCCACGUGAUCACGACACAGACGGAGCACAAGUGCGUUCUCGACAGCUGCCGCCACCUGCAGGACGAAGGUUUUGACGUGACGUAUCUUCCGGUCGGCCACAACGGGCUGAUCGACAUGGCCGAGCUGGAGGCGGCCAUCCGGCCGGACACGGCGCUGGUCAGCAUCAUGGCCGUCAACAACGAGAUUGGCGUGAUCCAGCCGCUGGCCGAGAUCGGGGCUCUGUGCCGCAGCCGCAAGGUCUUCUUCCACUCGGACGGCGCCCAGGCCGUCGGCAAGAUUCCCAUCGACGUCAACGCCAUGCAGAUCGACCUCAUGUCCAUCUCGGCUCACAAGAUCUACGGGCCCAUGGGCAUCGGGGCCUGCUACAUUCGCCGGCGUCCGCGCGUCCGGCUCGACCCCAUCAUCACGGGUGGUGGCCAGGAGCGUGGUCUGCGCAGCGGCACGCUGUCGCCGCCGCUGGUUGUCGGUUUUGGCGAGGCCUGUCGGCUGGCCAAGCAGGAGCUGCCGUAUGACUCCCGUCGCAUCAAGAGUCUUUCGGACCGGCUGCUCAGCGGCCUGCUCUCGCUCGAGCACACGACCCAGAACGGCGACCCCGACCGCUUUUACCCCGGCUGUGUCAACGUGUCGUUUGCCUACGUCGAGGGCGAGUCGCUGCUGAUGGCGCUCAAGGACAUUGCGCUGUCGUCCGGCAGCGCCUGCACGUCGGCGUCGCUCGAGCCGAGCUACGUGCUGCGUGCGCUCGGCAACAGCGACGAGAGCGCCCACUCCAGCAUCCGCUUCGGCAUCGGUCGCUUCACCACCGAGGCCGAGAUCGACUAUGUCCUGCAGGCCGUGCGCGAGCGCGUCAACUUCUUGCGCGAAUUGAGUCCGCUUUGGGAACUGGUCCAGGAGGGCGUCGACCUCAACACGAUCCAGUGGAGCCAGCAUUAG